UUGAGGAAAGUCCUGGGAAAGCAAUAAUCAAACUACCAACUCACAAUAUUUGUAUUCAUUUGUGAAUACUUUAUAACACGGACCUGUAUAACAUGCAAUGGAGAAGUUUUCAUCUUACCAGAACUGAGGUGUAUCCAUUCCAAAGAAUCAUAUCUGACAACAUGAAAUAAUGAAUUUCAGUCAACCUGGAAUGAGUGAGCAUUCAGACUUCUGUUAUGAGUCUGUGAAUACAUCUUGCCCAAAGGUAACCUACCCAACAGCGAUACGGAUUCCACUUUAUAUUUUUUUCUUGACCAUCAUUGUACUAACUAUGAGUGGAAACCUCCUUGUCAUCAUUUCCAUCGCUCAUUUCAAACAGCUGCACACUCCAACCAACUACCUCAUCCUCUCUCUGGCAGUGAUUGACUUCCUUCUAGCAGUAGUCAUCAUGCCGCCUAGCAUGGUGCGAACGAUUGAGACAUGCUGGUACUUUGGAGACACGUUCUGUAAAAUCCAUUUAAGUACUGAUAUCAUGCUGUGCACUGCAUCCAUUUUGAAUCUUUCUUUCAUUUCCAUUGAUCGAUAUUACGCAGUUUGCCAGCCCCUCCACUACAGGACUAAGAUCACCAGUGUUACUAUAGUGAUCAUGAUCCUGAUCAGUUGGAACCUGUCAUUCAUCUUUGGGUUUGGAAUGAUAUUUAUGAAUGUGAUCAUUUGGGGUGUCGAAGAUUUUAACUACAAUGACUUUCAUUGUUUUGGAAGCUGUUUUUUUUCUCAGACCAAGACAUCUGCAAUCAUAGCUUCAGUUCUAUCUUUUUACAUACCAGGGUUCAUUAUGAUCACUAUCUAUCAGAAAAUAUUCCACAUUGCCCUAAAGCAAGUCCGCUCAAUCCACCGCACUACAUGUCACCAGAUACAAACUGGAAACAGCACAUCUUCAAGCAACAUGGAGCGAAAGGCUACAAAGACUCUGGCCAUUGUUAUGGGGGUAUUCCUGUCAUGCUGGUCACCCUUUUUUGUGUGUAACCUAAUUGAUCAAAUCAUUAAUUAUUCUAUUCCACCUGUUUGGUUUGACGCAUUGUUCUGGGUUGGCUAUUUCAAUUCAACAUGCAAUCCUAUUGUUUAUGCUUUCUUUUACAGCUGGUUUAGGAAAGCCUUCAAAAUGACAAUUUAUGGUAAAAUAUUUCAAGCACAUUCCUCAAGAACAAAACUGUCCGCAGACUGAAAAGCUUGAAUAUAAUUUGUGCAACUGAAAUCUAAAUUAAAUUAUUCAAGCUGAAGGAGAUGCAGAAUUUACAGAAUCGUUUUACAAGUGAAAAACACAUUUUAUAAAUGUGCAAAAAAAAAAAAAAAAAAAAUUAA